CUGGAAAGGAACCUUGAAGCUUCCUGAUCACUCCGAGCUUGUCUCUUCCCACCAUCCACCUUUCUAUCCCGCUUGCUUUAUCCAUCUCGUUUUCACGUGUACAUUGCGCCUUUUGAUCUUCAGUAGUCCUGAAAUUCGCAGAUUGGGUUCAACCGACUCAACCACUUCACGGCUCAUUCCAAGCUGUCGCCCCAUCCUCUAGCGACAGCGCUGCCAUUUCCCAUCAAUCCAGAACACUCCCUUCAGACAUGGUUGGACUUGCUUCAGCCGCCGGCCUUGUCGGCUUUCUUUCUGAGUCUGAUCCAGAGUUGCGAGUCUUUGCUUUGAAGACCCUUGACUCCCAGAUCGACCUCCUCUGGACAGAAGUCGUCGACGCCGUACCUCAAAUAGAGGCGCUUUACGAAGAUGAAUCGUUUCCGGAACGCGAGCUUGCCGCCCUAGUCGCCGCCAAGGUGUAUUAUCACCUCCAGGAGUACAACGAAAGUAUGGUGUUUGCACUAGGUGCCGGAAAGCUGUUCAAGCUGGACAGUGGUGGCGAAUUCGAGGAAACAAUCAUCGCCAAAUGUGUUGACACCUUUGUUUCGCUUUCCGCUGCCCAGCGGCCGGCAGCAGGUGACCAACCUGCGAACCUGAACACUUCAUUCCCCACCUCCGGUGAAGGGGCCACGAGCACCUCCGCCAGCCUGACAUCUCCAAUCACACCAUUUUCACAGUCCGCCUUGCCAUCCAAGUCCCUCUUAUCCAGACAAGAAGUGCCCGGAGUGGAUGCGGCCUACCCGGGUGGCGAUGAUGCGAGCAUCAAGCAGGUCGAGACACCCUUAGUGUUGAAGCGGGGAGUUCAGGGUCAGUUGCAAGCAAUCAUCGAUCGCUUGUUUGAGCAGUGCUUCACUCAAAAGAGGUAUCGUCAAGUCAUUGGAAUCGCCAUCGAGGCUAAGAACCUUGAUGUCCUUCGGAAAACAAUUAUCCGGGCUAGUGAGGACGAGAAGAAGCAGAACGGCGAAUCACGACGAAGUGAAGAGCUUAUGGAGUAUGUGCUGGACAUCUGCAUGGGAAUUGUGCAGGAGCGUGGCUUCCGCAAUGACAUCCUUAAGCUUAUCCUCGAUCUCCUCAACGAAAUCCCUGCGCCCGACUAUUUCUCGAUUGCCAAGUGUGUAGUGUAUCUGAACGAGCACUCAAUGGCGUCGGCCAUCCUUCGUCAAUUGGUCGACAAGGGUGAUGCGCGAUCACUCGCCGUCGCCUACCAAAUUUCCUUCGAUCUCUAUGACAACGGAACACAGGAGUUCCUUCAGAGAGUUCGCAGCGAGAUUGCCGAGCCCCUACAGGCGAGCGAGGAGUCUGAGUCGAAGGCUGAAGAGGAACCCAAGGAAUCGGAUCCUUUGCUGGACAGCCAAUCCAGAUCUAUUGGCGAGAACAACGAGCAGACCAAGAUUUUGACUGAAGCGCGCGCGGCUUACAAGAACGUUCUUGCUAUCAUCGAUGGUAGAAAGACCAUCCAACUGAAUUUGGAAUUCCUGUACCGCAACAACAAGGCCGACAUCGCUAUCUUGAACAAGGUCCGGGAUAGUCUGGAGGCGCGGAAUUCUAUUUUCCACACUGCUGUCACGCUCUCGAACGCUUUCAUGCACGCCGGCACCACCCACGACAAGUUUUUCCGAGACAACCUGGAAUGGUUGGGUAAAGCUGUUAAUUGGUCGAAAUUCACCGCUACCGCGGCACUGGGGGUUAUCCACCGGGGUAAUUUGACCCAGGGUGAGAAGCUUCUGCAGCCCUACCUGCCUCGGGAGCACAUCGCGGGUGUUGGAGGUUCAGGCUCGGUCUAUAGCCAAGGAGGUUCCUUGUAUGCACUAGGUUUGAUCUAUGCUAACCACGGUGGCAUGGCUGUGGAUCUUAUCCGUGAUCACUUCAAGAAAGCCACCGAGGAAGUUGUUCAGCACGGUGGUGCCUUAGGUCUCGGUGUUGCGGGGAUGGCGACCGGCAACGAGUCUAUCUACGAGGACUUGCGGAAUGUACUCUACACCGACUCUGCACUUAACGGCGAGGCUGUCGGUCUCGCCAUGGGUCUGGUCAUGCUGGGCACUGGCAACAUGAGAGUGCUUGAGGACAUGAUCCAGUACGCUCAUGACACGCAGCAUGAAAAGAUCGUCCGUGGCUUGGCUCUGGGAAUGGCUCUGAUCAUGUACGGGCGUCAAGAGGCUGCCGACGAGCUGAUCAACGGUCUUCUGGGCGAUCCCGACCCCACUCUCCGUUAUGGCGGUAUCAUGACGAUCGCCCUUGCGUACUGUGGUAGCAGUAGCAACAAGGCUGUCCGCAAGCUUCUCCACGUUGCUGUCAGUGAUGUCAACGAUGAUGUUCGCCGCAUUGCUGUUCUGAGCUUGGGCUUUAUCUUGUUCCGCAAGCACCAGAGUGUGCCUCGCAUGGUAGAGCUGCUGUCUGAGUCCUACAACCCUCACGUUCGUUAUGGAGCUGCUAUGGCAUUGGGUAUUUCCUGUGCUGGUACUGGUCUGGACGAGGCCAUUGACUUGCUUGAGCCUAUGCUCAAGGACUCGACCGACUUUGUGAGACAGGGUGCUUUGAUCGCUUUGGCCAUGGUCCUGGUGCAACAGAACGAGGCCAUGAAUCCUCGCGUGAGCACGCUUCGCAAGACCAUGAUGAAGAUGAUUGGGGACAGACACGAAGAUGCCAUGGCCAAGUUCGGUUGCGCCGUGGCUCUGGGCAUCAUCGAUGCUGGUGGCCGUAACUGCACCAUCAGCCUCCAAACCCAAACGGGCAACCUCAACAUGCCCGGAAUCGUUGGUGCUGCUGUUUUCACUCAGUACUGGUACUGGUUCCCCCUCACUCACUUCCUGUCCCUCAGCUUCACCCCGACCGCAGUGAUUGGCGUGGAUGAUGAAUUGGAAGUUCCCUUGUUCAAGUUCCACAGCAACACGAGACCCAGCCUCUUCGAUUACCCACCUGAGCAACAGGUGAAGACCGAGGAGGCCCCUGAGAAGAUCAAGACUGCUGUCCUUUCGACCACUGCCCAAGCUAAGCGUCGUGCUCAGCGCCGCGAGAAGCAACAACGACGUGAGAGCAUGGACAUUGAUCAGACUCCUACUACACCCAAGGUAUCGGAACCUUUGGCAGACAAGAUGGAAAUGGACGAGACAGUGGCCAAGGGCGAAGAGGAGGCGAAGGAUGGAGAGAAGGAGGGUGGUGAAGGGCAGAAGAAGAAGGCUGAGCGGGAGAAGAUCGGCUAUGAAUUGGAUAACAUGUCUCGUGUCCUGCCAGCUCAGUUGAAAUAUCUGACCUUCCCGGACCCGCGGUAUGAGCCCGUCAAACGGCCUACCGGUGGUGUAGUGGUUGUGUUGGACAAGACCCCCGAGGAGCCUCGUGAGAAGAUCGAAAUGAAAGCUAGCAAGGAGGUCAAGCAGGCUGCGGCAGCAGAGACACUACAAGACCGUCUGCAGGCCGCGAUGGGCGCGGCCGGUUUCCAGACACCCCAGCGCGGUGGUGGCCGGGGUCUGGGGGCUGAAUCCGGAGCCAACGCGGGAGCCCUGGCUGCCGCCGGCGUGUUGACAGCGGUGGAUGAAGACGAAGAGGACGGUGAGGAAGCGCCUGUACCGGAUGAGUUUGAAUAUGAGAGUGACGGAGUCGAAGAGUAAAGCUCCCGGUCGCCCUGAUAGAUCUCUCUGGCUGGUUGUAUUUCUAGGUUAAUUAUGGAAGUUACGCCCUAUGUGAAUUGAAUAAACAUAUUCCGAU